UACAUCCCACCUGCGCUGUAUAGUGUACACAGACAAGAUGGCAGCUUCAUUGGAAGACGAGUUUGAAGACGCGCCUGAUGUGGAGCCGUUAGAACCAACACUGAAGAAUAUCAUCGAACAGAAAUCUUUGAAAUGGAUAUUUGUGGGGGGGAAGGGCGGUGUUGGUAAAACGACAUGCAGUUGCAGUUUGGCUGUCCAGCUCGCUUCCGUCAGGGAGAGUGUCCUCAUCAUUUCCACCGAUCCAGCACAUAACAUCUCUGAUGCUUUUGACCAGAAGUUCUCCAAGGUGCCGACUAAGGUCAAGGGUUAUGACAACCUCUUUGCGAUGGAGAUUGACCCAAGCCUGGGAGUGGCAGAGCUGCCCGAUGAGUUCUUUGAGGAGGACAACAUGCUCAGCAUGGGUAAGAAGAUGAUGCAGGAGGCCAUGAGCGCCUUCCCUGGUAUCGACGAGGCCAUGAGCUAUGCGGAGGUCAUGAGGUUAGUUAAAGGAAUGAACUUCUCAGUGGUGGUUUUUGACACGGCCCCUACUGGUCACACGCUGCGGCUGCUCAACUUUCCAACCAUCGUGGAGCGUGGUCUGGGUCGCCUCAUGCAGAUAAAGAACCAGAUCAGCCCUUUCAUCUCUCAGAUGUGUAACAUGCUGGGGCUGGGUGACAUGAACGCUGACCAGCUGGCCUCUAAGUUGGAGGAGACUCUGCCGGUCAUCCGCUCAGUCAGCGAGCAGUUCAAAGAUCCUGAACAAACCACCUUUAUCUGUGUUUGUAUCGCCGAGUUCCUCUCUCUGUAUGAGACAGAGCGCCUCAUCCAGGAGCUUGCCAAGUGCCGCAUCGACACGCACAACAUCAUCGUCAACCAACUUGUUUUCCCUGAAUCAGAGAGGCCGUGCAAAAUGUGUGAAGCCCGCCACAAAAUUCAGUCCAAAUAUUUAGAUCAGAUGGAGGACCUUUAUGAAGACUUCCACAUAGUCAAGUUACCGCUGCUGCCCCAUGAGGUUCGGGGGGCUGACAAGGUCAACACGUUCUCAAAGCAACUUCUGGAACCCUACAAACCCCCAAAUAAGUGAACUCCCUCCCUACAGGACCUCCGUUCUCCCUCCUCCAGACUACACAUUAACAGUUUGAACCCCCCCCCCCCCCUCCCCCCCCAAAAAAAACACACACACACACCACACACACACACACAACUAAGCCUCAGUAACAGUAACAGCCUCGUUGAUCCUCUCAUUCCUCGGUCCGUCAUCCCGAGCAGAGCACUACAACAGCAGGGCGCAUGUCCUUGUUGAAGGGGAGCUGAUGAAAUCACACAAAUACAAAUCCAUAAUCUUCUGUAUUAUAAGAGAAGUACUUUCCUUUCCUUCAUAUCAUGUGUGUGGCAGUUGUACUACUCCUACUUAAAGCAUUUCACUUUUUCUCGACGAAAACCUCCCAUCAUUCAUCGACGGUGCUGUGUAGUCCAGGAUAGAACAGCUUUCAGAUGGUUGGUGUUAAUGCCUUUUCUUAUUCUAUGUAGUUUGGUGGCUAUUCUCCAGUUUGACUUUUGACCAAAUGUUGAUUCAAAUGUAUCUCUCGGCACAUCUGGAACUUACAUUAAAAUGUCUAUGUUCAGCGUUUGACGGCUGAGCUAAUUUACCUAAAAAUAUAGAAAGAUCAUAGCAGUUCGUAGUGUGUAUUUUACUAUGUGGCAAAUCAAUAAUUUCACAUUAUGAUCCUGGUUGUAAUGCAGUAACUUAAUGUCAAUGAGAUUUUGAAUCAAGUUAGAAAUGAUAUAUAUCUAUAUAUGGUCAUUGUUUGAACUGGACAGUCUUAAUGGCCUAUGUUAAAUAUUCAAGCCACUUCAAGAUCUAUUUUUUGGGGGAUUAAACACUGGUUUGGGGAGAUAGAAAGGCAAACAUGUUAGAGCAGCUGGAAGACAAGUUUGUGACGGCUCAAGUUCCAGCACCAGGCAGAUUCCCAAAAACACUCGCUCAGUUUGUUUACAGACAAUUAAAUGGACAAACUAUUGAAAUACAUUGUUGGCCUUAUUCUUAGUGCAUCGUUAAUAAAAAUAUAUGGAAUGUUACUGGAUCAAAUAUGAAACAAAUGAAUGAAUGGCACCUUGUAAAAUCACAGCAUCUUUGCCCUGGUGAUUAAAUACUUGACUGCUAAUUUCAACGGAUUGUUACAUCAAAAAAAUACAAUUAUCCCAUUCCUGUCACUGAAUGCUUUUGGGUCAAUAAUCUGUUUUCUAUAGAUAUUCUUUUAAUUACCUUACAAAUGUUAAUUAAAAAAAAAAAUAGUUGCUUA